AGUUAGUACCAUCUCUUAUCUUUGUUUAAUGUUGAGUUGUCUCAUCGGCUUUAAUUAAGGUUUUAAUUCGGGGAAUUCUGCGAAAUAUUUUAACUAUUUUAAUUGUGCUUUGAAAAGGAUUAAAAGUGGAGUUGGAAAAAGAAGAACUCAAAGUUAUGGAGGAGAUGAUGGAAACUAUAGUACCGCAAGAAGAUUUUGAUCGAAAUGAACAAAGAUAUCUUCGAGAGCUAGAGUUGGAUGGACGUGCAAGUAUAGAAGCUAAAUUCGGCUAUGCAUUCUGCCUUGUCAGGUGCGCUCACAAGCAGGACAUCGCUAAGGGGAUAGAAUUAUUGGAAGAACUCAUGGAGCAACAUCCAGAGGGGCGACGAGAUUAUCUCUAUUACUUGUCGUUAGGGGAGGCACGAAUGAAAAACUACGCUCUUGCCCUGCAAUAUUGUAAAGUUUUCUUGGAAAUAGAGGAAAAUCCACAAGUUCGGUCCUUAGAGGAGUACAUUCAAAAGCGAUACGAUAAAGAUUUGAAGAAAGGUAUGGCAGUUGCAGGCGGAGCAGUACUUGUGUUGGGCGGUAUUUUGGGUCUGGGCAUUGCGCUUGCCAAAAAUAAAAACAGACGUGAUAAAUAAAUAAUAAACGAGCGAGGAUUACCCACGACAUCUUAAAAUAUAUAUGAAGCCAAAUAUUGUUGAAACUAACUAAUCUGAUUUAGAAAAUAUCGUAGAGCAGUACGCCCAAAGGAAGACUCUAUGUACAUAUGAGUUUUUUUACAAAGAUGUUUGCGUCAGCCACAUCAGUUUUCAACGAAAUCGAUUGUCUUCGCACAUCCACUUCGCACAGUUGUAAAACUUCCUUUAAGAGUACUUUAUUAAAUACUUAUACAUAAAAAAAGUAUAGUUAAGCUUA